AUGAGGGAUCCGUCGUGCUGGCAGUUUCCCAGUCACUCCUCAUCGCAGGAGAGCGAGGCGGUGGCGUGGGCGCCUCCCAGAGGACCGGGGCAGAGCGGUGCGGGUCGAUUCGAAGGCGAGGGCGGAGAGGCCACUGCAUGCUCCGCGCUCUCGCCCGCAGGGUGUCCUCUCCCUCCUUUUUCCGUUCCGUCCGCCUCGGUUUCGUCUUCCGCUUCUCUCACACCGCUCUGUUACGCGGUUCGAUCUGUGCCGUCCUCUCCGCACUCUCUGCCUGUCCCAGCUCCGCCACCAGUGCCUCCGCCUGUCGCCAUCGCUCCCUCGUCUUUUUUGUCGCCCCCACGGUCGCCGUCGUUGCUUCCUUCGUGCCCCUCUUCGUCCUCGCCUCCUGUCCAGUCGUCUUCGCCACUGGUCUCGCCCUUACACGCGUUUUCACCGUCAUGGGCUCCAGACCUGCUGUCGCGGUCGCCCUCGCCCGCAGUCUGCCGGAAGCGAACUGAGGAGUUUUCUUCCGUGCCCCCCUCGCCAGAAUGGAGGGCGGAGUCUCGCUUCCCCACGUCCCACCGUUCGCUGUUGGACAGCCCUGUCUGCCGGCCUGCGGUGGUCGCCGGAGGAGGUGUGGCGGCGGGCGGGUUCUUGAGUGAAGGUGAGGGGGCUGCACCCCCCGGAGGAGAGAUAGGGUCCGAGGAGGAGGACGACGGGGCUUCUGUUGCCAGUUCCAGCUCAGACGCGUCGACGGCGUUUCUGCGGAUACUCGUGGUAGGCGACCAGGGCACGGGGAAGUCGUUUCUGCUCCAUUCGCUCUGCCACAGUCCCGACCCGCAGAGCGAGUUUCAGCGCCCCUGCCCAGCUCACCGCGGACGGAGGGGGCUGCGGGAGCAGGUCGAUACGCGGGCGAGCGACGCGGGCGCGGCGGACGAGAAGUCGGCGCCGCGACAGGAUGGAACGGGCAGCAGACUUGAGCACUCCGGGUCUCGGGCGCAGCUACGCCGCGGGACGCCUGACAGGCGUGACGCGGUGCAUGGCGUAGGAGUGCGCAUGGAUGCAUCUGAGCAGCUAGAACGAGACGCGGACGCGCCUUUCUCGUCGUUCGCCAGUGUCGAGCUCACGGAGUGGCCUCGGCGCGCGGACGCGGAGACAGGCGGCACUCAGGCGGGUCGGAUUCGGGGCCUUCCGGAAGACGGCAGGCCGCGAGCCGAGCCGAGAGCUUCCGAGCCGUGUCUCGCGGAGUCCUGCGUCUCCGCCCCCAGUGAGCAAUCGGGAGAUUCCACAUCUGUGCCCCGGUCCCCCUCCUUGUCGCCUUCCGCCUCGCCGGUGCCCUCGCCUUCGUCGUCUUUCUCUUUCUCGCUUCCUACGUCUUUCUGUCCUGCGUCUUCGUCUCGCCCUCCUGCGCCUGUCGCGCCUCCGCGGGCCGCGUCGUCCUCCUCUCCGGCAUCGUCCUCAGCCGCUCCAGUCGCUCGCGCCGCUUCCGCCGAGGCGGCGGCGGCCGCCCAGCCCGCUGCCUGCGAGGACGCGUCGCGGCAGCGCGAGUGCACGUGCGAGGCGGAUGAGCAGCAGUGUCCCGCCUGCCGCCUCCCGGGGUCCUACGAGUGGACUUGCGGCGUUCGGAUUUUCCACAUGUUUUGGGAGUUGCCGCCGAGGGAGCGGGGCUCGAAAGACCGGCAACGGCAGUCGUCCCCCGGGUCUUCGUCAUCGGAGUCUUCGGCCGACAGUCUCUCAGAGCGAGGGCGCCCAGCAGCGUCGUACCCCUUGUUGCCUGAGUCGGAUGCGUCGUGCGCGUCCGGUGCGGCGGCUGCGCGUUCGGCUGGGGCCGCAACCAGGUGUCUAGUCGAGUUCUGGGAGGUGGGCGGCACGGAGAUGCUGGAGAGCGUGCGGAGCCUGGCUUACGGCCAGGAGUUCGACGGCGUCUGGGUGUGUUUUGACUCGCGAUCUGCGGCGUCGUUUCACCACGCGGCGCUGUGGACGCGAGAGCUCUGCGUCCAUCUCCACCUGCCUUCGUCGCUCCUCUUCCCGUCCUCCGGCCCCCAGGCGCCGCUGUCGCUGGCGCCGCGGUCCUACGAGGCCGCCGCGCCGUCGUCUUCCCUGCGCUCCUUCCUGCCCGCGCCGGCGGUCUUCCAGUCGUUCGCCUGCAGCCGCCGCGUGCGCAGGUGGCGCCGACACCAGGAGCACAACGCGGCUGGCGAAGCGCGCCAGAGAUCCGCGGAGGGCGCGGCGCACGAAGUCCAAUCGCUCACGUCGUUUUUUCAGAUGCUCCCCACCUCCACUGUGGGCAAGGUCACGCGCGCGGCAGCCAGCGCCGUGGUGCGCCUGGGAUCGACGGUGGCGUCGCCCGUCGUGUCGCUCGUGGCUGGCGAGCGCGAGCGCGAGACUGACGACAGCGCCACCGACAGAGAGGAGGACGAGAUGGCGCGCUUGAAGCCCGAGCGCGAGGGGCGGGGGAGGCGGAAAUUCAGCGCGAAGCCCAGCCGUCCGUUCAGGAAAGGGUCCAGGCGCACCGCGCGCUUCGCCAGCUCCCUCCUCACCAGCGCCUCCUCCGUGCGGCCGCCGCCAGGGAUGCCAGAGCGAGACGGCGAAGAAGAGCCGCGAGAGGACGGAGAGGGCGGCGGUACGUCUGUCGAAGAGAAAGACGUGGAGCUGGGGGUCCUCGAGGGUGGCCGGGAGACGCUGGAGAGUCCCGCGGACGCGGAGUGCAGAGCGGAUACGGCGUCUGCCGCGAAAGAAGGAACUGCGCCGACUCUGGAAGCAGCUGCCUUCCCAAAAGGACAGCAAGGGGCAGGCCCCGGGCCAGAAGACCCCGACGGGGCGUCUUCCCGCGCUUUCGCUAACCUUGAGAAGGAGUUGACUCACCAGCAGUUCGCGGUUCGCCUCCUUCAAGGCGUGUGCCCGGUGCUCCUGGUUGGAACCAAGGAGGACCUCCUCCUCUCCUCGACUGCGGCGCGGCAGACGUCCAACGAAUCGGCUGGUGGUGGGUGCGAGGUGGACGAAAAGGGUUUGUCGCCGUUUUUGAAGCAUCUGCGAAGUCGCGCGAGCGUGCUCAGCGGCUUCCUCUCGUCGUCGUCGCCUGAGGCGGCGGCCGGCUGCGCGGUCGGCGAGGACGACGAAGACGGGAGGGGGGGCGAAGCUGCAUGCAGAGCGAGCGAUCCGUCGUGCGCGGCGCCUGCCUUGUGCCUGGAGGAAGACAUAGGCGGCGGGACGCCUUCCCGUCUUCAAACCCCUUUUUCCCGCGCGUAUUUCACGCAAAACUCAUUCGUGAAAGCCAGGGACAACAUUUUCGCGCGGUUGUGUGGGACUUUGGGGCCUCGAAGAGUGCCAUCGGGCGACGCGCGUCUGGCGCUGGACGGCGACGCGGGCGUCAAGUUGAACCGCAGAAUCUGUCACCUGCUCAACUCCUCCCCCCUCGUGCUCACCAGCGCCGUGGGUCGCACCGUCGACCCCGCCGCGCUGUCGGCCUUUUUCUCCGAUGCGCUGCUUUGUCAAACGCUUUUCCGCGAGCGCAGCCGCGAGAAGAAGGUUCGCAGGAGAUCCAAGGCCAAGAGCAGAGGCGCCAGGCCCCCAGUGGACGUGAUGCAGCACGUGGAGGACGCGCCCGCGCUGCUUUCUCCACUGCCGUCUCCCAGCCUCCGCGCGAGCCCUGGCGUGGCGCUGAGCGACAGCGCAAACGUGAGGCGUGUCGGGGUUGGAGCUGGCGACGCGGCUAAGCAGACGGCGCCGGUGGGGGAGGCCGAGGACGGCGGGGCGACGCCACCGCACGCGCGCGGAAGGGCUCAGCAGCCCUGUCAGGAUCCGCGGUUGGGAGAAGAAAGGGAACUCAGUGCCGACCCGGAGCCGCGAGAAAGUCCGGUCGCGGAGGACAGGCCCGCGGAGGAGCGGGACGGGAAGCUCGAUGGCAAGUCGCGACCGCAGACGCCCUUCUCAGAUGUCGCGGCGGCGGCGGUCGCUGCGGGAGCCGCAGCAGCUGCGAUCCAGUGGCUGCACUGA